AUGCCAUCCCCUUCUCGUAGAUUCCAUCCCCUUCUCCUAGAUUCCAUCCCCUUCUCCCAGAUUCCAUCCCCUUCUCCAGAUUCCAUCCCCUUCUCCCAGAUUUCAUCCCCUUCUCCCAGAAUCCAUCCCCUUCUCCCUCAUUCCAUCCCCUUUUCCUCAUUCCAUCCCCUUCUCCCAGAUUCCAUCCCCUUCUUCCAUAUUACAUCCCCUUCCCCCAGAUUCCAUCCCCUUCUCCCAGAUUCCAUCCCCUUCUCUCAAAUUCCAUUCCCUUCUCCCAGAUUCCAUCCCCUUCUCACAGAUUCCAUCCCCUUCUCCCAGAUUCCAUCCCCUUCUCCUAGAUUCCAUCCCCUUAUUCCAUCCCCUUCCCCAAGAUUCCAUCCCCUUCUCCCAGAUUCCAUCCCCUUCUCCCAAAUUCCAUCCCCUUCUCCCAGAUUCCCUCCCCUUUUCCCAGAUUCCAUCCCCUUCUCCCAGAUUCCAUCCCCUUCUCCCAGAUUCCAUCACCUUCUCCCAGAUUCCAUCCCCUUCAGGACGUGGAUGGACGUGGACGUGGACGUGGUCGUGGACGUGGACGUGGACGUGGACGUGGACGUGGACAGGGACGUGGAAGUGGACGCGGACGUGGACGUGGACGUGGAGGAGGACGCGGACUUGGACGUAGACGCGGACGUGGACGCAGACGCGGACGUGGACGUGGACGUGGACGUGGACGUGGACGCGGACGUGGAUGGACGCGGACGUGGACGUGGACGUGGACGCGGACGUGGACGUGGACGGGGACGUGGACGGGGACGUGGACGUGGACGUGGACGUGGACAUGGUCGUGGACGUGGACGUGGACGUGGACGUGGACGUAGACAUGGACUUGGACAUGGACGUGGAGGACUUGGACGUGGACAUGGACGUGGUCGUGGACGUGGAGGUGGAUGUGGAGGUGGAGGUGGAGGUGGACGUAGACGUGGACGUGGACGUGGACGUGGACGUGGACAUGGACGUGGACGUGGACAUGGACAUGGACAUGGACGUGGACGUGGACGUGGACAUGGACAUGGACGUGGACGUGGACGUGGACGUGGACAUGGACGUGGACGUGGACGUGGACGUGUACGUGGACAUGGACAUGGACAUGGACAUGGACAUGGACAUGGACAUGUGGACCUGGACGUGGACAUGGACGUGGACGUGGACAUGGACAUGGACAUGGACGUGGACGUGGACAUGGACAUGGACAUGGACGUGGACGUGGACGUGGACAUGGACAUGGACGUGGACAUGGAUGUAGACGUGGACGUGGACGUGGACAUGGACGUGGACGUGGACGUGGACGUGGACAUGGACGUGGACAUGGAUGUGGACGUGGACGUGGACGUCGACGUCGACGUGGACAUGGACGCCGACGUGGACGUGGACGUGGACAUGGACGUGACGACAUGGACGUGGACAUGGACGUGGUCGUGGACGUGGACGUGGACGUGGACGUGGAGGACUUGGACGUGGACAUGGACGUGGACAUGGACGUGGACGUGGACGUGGACGUGGACAUGGUCCUGGACGUGGUCGUGGACGUGGACGUGGAUGUGGACGUGGACGUGGACGUGGACGUGUACGUGGAUGUGGACGUGGACGUGGACGUGGACGUGGACGUGGACGUGGACGUGGACGUGGACGUGGACAUGGACAUGGACGUGGACAUGGACAUGGACGUGGACGUGGACGUGGACAUGGACAUGGACGUGGACGUGGACGUGGAUGGACGCGGACGUGGACUUGGAUGUGGACGUGGACGUGGACGUGGACGUGGACGUGGACGUGGACGUCGACGUGGACAUGGACGUGGACGUGGACGUGGACAUUGACGUGGACGUGGACAUGGACGUGGACGUGGACAUGGACAUGGACGUGGACGUGGACGUAGACGUGGACGUGGACGUAGACAUGGACAUGGACAUGGACAUGGACAUGGACGUGGACAAGGACGUGGACGUGGACAUGGACGUGGACGUGGACAUGGACUUGGACGUGGACGUGGACGUGGACGUGGACGUGGACGUGGACAUGGACCAGGACGUGGACGUGGACGUGGACGUGGAUGUGGACGUGGACGUGGACGUGGACGUGGACAUGGACGUGGACAUGGACGUGGUCGUGGACGUGGACGUGGACGUGGACGUGGAGGACUUGGACGUGGACAUGGACGUGGACAUGGACGUGGACGUGGACGUGGAAGUGGACAUGGUCGUGGACGUGGUCGUGGACGUGGACGUGGACGUGGACGUGGACGUGGACAUGGACGUGGACAUGGACGUGGACAUGGACGUGGACGUGGACGUGGACGUGGACGUGGAUGGACGCGGACGCGGACUUGGACAUGGACGUGGACGUGGACGUGGACGUGGAUGGACGUGGACAUGGACAUGGACGUGGACGUGGACGUGGACGUGGACGUGGACGCGGACAUGGACGUGGACGUGGACGUCGACGUCGACGUGGACAUGGACGUGGACGUUGACGUGGACAUUGACGUGGACGACGUGGACGUGGACGUGGACGUGCACAUGGACAUGGACGUGGAUAUGGACGCGGACGUGGACGUGGACGUGGACGUGGACAUGGACCAGGACGUGGACGUGGACGUGGACGUGGACAUGGACGGGGACAUGGACGCGGACGUGGACGUGGACGUGGAUGGACGUGGACGUGGACAUGGACGUGAACGUGGACGUGGACGUGGUCGUGGACGUGGACGUGGACGUGGACGUGGACGUGGACGUGGAAGUGGACAUGGUCGUGGACGUGGACGUGGACGUGGACAUGGACGUGGACAUGGACGUCGACGUGGACAUGGACGUGGACGUGGACAUGGACGUGGACGUGGACGUGGACGUGGACAUGGAUGUGGACAUGGACGUGGAGGACUUGGACAUGGACAUGGACGUGGUCGUGGACAUGGACGUGGACGUGGACAUGGACGUGGACAUGGACGUGGACGUGGACGUGGACGUGGACGUGGAUGUGGACGUGGACAUGGACAUGGACAUGGACGUGGACAUGGACAUGGACGUGGACGUGGACAUGGACGUGGACGUGGACGCGGACAUGGACGUGGACGUGGACGCGGACGUGGACGUGGACGUGGAUGGACGCGGACUGGACAUGGACGUGGACGUGGACGUGGACGUGGACGUGGUCGUGGACGUGGACGUGGACAUGGACGUGGACGUGGACGUGGAUGUGGGCGUGGACCUGGACGUGGACGUGGGCGUGGACGUGGACGUGGACGUGGACGUUGACGUGUACUUGGACGUGGACGUGGACGUUGACGUGUACGUUGACGUGUACGUGGACGUGGACGUGGACGUGGACCUGGACGUGGACGUGGACGUGGACCUGGACGUGGACGUGGACGUGGACGUGGACGUUGACGUGGACGUUGAUGUGGACCUGGACGUGGACGUGGACGUGGACGUGGACGUGGACCUGGACGUGGACGUGGACGUGGACGUGGACGUUGACGUGGACGUUGAUGUGGACCUGGACGUGGACGUGGACGUUGACGUGGACGUGGACGUGGACGUUGACGUGGACGUGGACGUGGACGUUGACGUGGACGUGGACGUGGACGUGGACGUGGACGUGGAGGUGGACCUGGACGUGGAGGUGGACGUGGACGUGGACGUGGACGUUGACGUGGACGUUGACAUGGACGUGGACGUGGACGUGGACGUGGACAUGGACGUGGACGUGGAUGUGGACAUGGACCAGGACGUGGACGUGGACGUAUACAUGGACAUAGACAUGGACGUGGACAUGGACGACGUGGACGUGGACGUGGACGUGGACAUCGACGGGGACGUGGACGCGGACGUGGACGUGGACGGAGAUGUGGACGCGGACGUGGACGUGGACCAGGACGUGGACGUGGACGUGGACAUGGACGGGGACGUGGACGCGGACGUGGACGUGGACGGGGAUGUGGACGCGGACGUGGACGUGGACGGGGAUGUGGUCGUGGACGUGGACAUGGACGUGGACGUGGACGUGGACGUGGAUGUGGUCGUGGACGUGGAUGUGGUCGUGGACGUGGACGUGGUCGUGGACGUGGACGUGGACGUGGACGCGGAAGUGGACGUGGACAUGGACGUGGACAUGGACGUGGACAUGGACGUGGAGGGACGUGGACAUGGAAGUGGACAUGGACGUGGACGCGGAAGUGGACAUGGACGCGGACGUGGACGUGGACGGGGAUGUGGACGAGGACGUGGACGUGGACGUGGAUGUGGACAUGGACGUGGACGUGGACGUGGACGCGGACGUGGACGUUGA